AUGGCAGAAGCAUUGGAGACAGCUAUAACUGAUAAUGUAUUGACAUGUAGCAUCUGUCUGGAAGAGUUUAAGGAUCCCCGGGUGCUGCCUUGCUUCCAUACAUUUUGCUUUGAUUGUAUAUCUGAACAUGCCCAAAGAUAUCUCCCUAGAAGACCGAAAUUCCCAUGUCCUCUUUGCAAAGAGGUUAUCAGAGUUCCAGCUCGUGGACUUACGCAACUGCAGAGAAACUUUUCCUUCUGCAGGACCAAGGAAAUCAUAGCCCAGGAAAAAGAAAAACGGACAUUAGAAAAAGAACAGGCCAAUGUAGUGGCAACGACACAGGUCAUUGCACAGAUGACUAGCAGUUGUGAGAAACAUCCUAAUAGUGAAUUAAAAUAUUACUGUGAAGAUGAUGAUACUGUUGUGUGCGGUGACUGUACAUCAUCAGAUCAUUACAGACAUGGUAUUGUGCCAAUUGCAAAAACUGCGAAAAACAAUAGAGAAAAUAUCCAUGCUGCUCUUAUGAAAACUAUGAAAACGACAGACAGGUUUAAAGAGGCUGUGGCCAUGGAAAGAGACAUUGAAACAGAGGACACCUUUAUCAAGACAGACGCCGUCAAAGAAAUAAAAAAACAAGCUGAUAGUAUGCGCAAAUUAAUUAAUAAGAGAGAAGAGACAUUGAUAUCAGAAAUGAACUCUGCCUACAAUGUCAGAAAGAGGCAGAACGAGGCAAAUAAGGACGUCCUUGAACUCCAAAGUGCCUCCUUGCAAAGUGCCUGUGACUUUGCCCUGGAACUUAUCACUAAUGGCACCGACUCUGAUGUCAUGGUUCUCGCAAAACCUCUGAUAGAAAAUCUGGCAGCAAUGGAGAAAACACCUGUCCCAACUCUAGACACAACAACUCGAAUGUCCUACAGUCCUGGUGAGAUAUCUGCUGCCGGAAUAGAGGCUAUGUUAGGACAAUUGACAGUCCAAUCACCAACCCCAAAUCCCAGAUCAGCACCACAUAGUUUCCUGAAAAAGCCAGUAUGCUUGCAAUCUUUUAGUCCUAAGAUGGCAGAUGACGCAGAAAUAAAAAUACUUGGACUAGCCACACGUGAGGAACAGGUUGUUGUUGUUGACAGUGGAAAUAGCAGAAUAAAAAUGUUCACACAUGCUGGAGACUACAAGUCUGACAUCAAAAUGAACAUGGCGUUUGAUGUGGCUGUGUCACAGAGUGGUUACCUGUAUAUAACAUCACAGGAUGACAAAUGUGUGAAAAUGUACUCUGUCGGAGACAGUGGACAGCUGAGCACCAUUCCACUCAGUAUGUGUGAAUACCCAGAGUACAUCUCAGCGAACAGUGUGAAUGAUAACGUUGUGAUAUCAGACUCAGGCAAUCACUGUAUACAUGUGCUGUCGCCUACUGGUGAUCAGCUGUACCAGUAUGGCAGAAAAGGCCGUGGUGAUGGUCAGCUGAACAUACCACAGGGAGUGUGCACAGACAGCUAUGGCCACAUCUUCAUUGCUGAUUAUGGAAACCACAGGGUAGUGGCAUUGAGUCCACAUGGACAGUUUCUCAGAUACAUUAUCACUAAGGAUGAUGGGUUGAAGACUCCUACAGCAUUAGCCAUCAGCUCUGCUGGUCAGCUGGUUGUGGGAGAUGACAUGGGGAAAGUAAAGACAUUCCAGUACCUCAACUCAACACGUUGUUCGCUGAUGUAA